CACAAUGCUAGGCGCACGGAGACCAAACACGGUGGACGGGCCUCGCGAAUCCGUUUAAAUGCUCCGUUUACCGCGCAGCUAGCGGCGAAUGAGCGCCGUUGUCUUUUUUUUUUUGGUUCUGUAAGCCCGGUGAAGAAAGUUCCCGCUGCUCUCCCGGCGUCAUGGGCGGUCCUCCCAGGCUGCUGCUGGCCGGCCUCAUGGCGCUCUGCUCCGCCGCGGCGUCGGCUCAGGUGGAUGGAGCUCCGCCCUCUAAAAUAGCGGUGGUGGGGGCCGGCAUCGGGGGCAGCGCCACCGCCCAUUUCCUGCGUCAGCACUUUGGCCCCGAGGUGCAAGUGGACGUGUACGAGAAGGGCGAGGUCGGAGGUCGCCUGGCCACGGUCACGGUCAACCACAACGACUACGAGUCGGGAGGUUCCAUCAUUCACUCGCUCAACCUCCACAUGCAGGACUUUGUCAAGCAGCUGGGCCUGAAGUACCGCCGCAGCGUGGCGGGGAAGACGGCGGUGUUCAACAGCGAGGAGGUGAUCCUGGAGGAGACCGACUGGUACCUGCUGGACCUCUCCCGCUUGUGGUGGCGCUACGGCAUCAGCUUCAUCCGCCUGCAGAUGUGGGUGGAGGAGAUCAUGGAGAAGUUCAUGAGGAUCUACAAGUACCAGGCCCACGGCUACGCCUUCAGCUCUGUGGAGGAGCUCCUGGACUCUCUGGGGGGGAGUGGCUUCAUCAACAUGACGCGCAAGCCGCUCUCCGAUUCGCUGCUGGAGCUGGGCGUGUCUCAGCGCUUCAUCGACGAGGUCAUCGCGCCCAUCAUGAGGGUCAACUAUUGCCAGAAUGUCAGCAUUCCCGCCUUCGUAGGCGCCGUGUCCUUGGCGAGCGCUCAGAACAACCUGUGGGCGGUGGAGGGCGGGAACAAGCUGGUGUGUUCGGGCCUUCUGAGGAUGGCCAACGCCAACCUGCUGUCAGCGCACGUCACGUCUGUGGAGCCGCUGCACUCUGCAGGGGACACCCUUCAGUACCGACUGAGCUUCACAGGGGCGGGGGAGACCAGGUCGGAGUUGUACGACAUCGUUGUCCUGGCGACGCCGCUCCAGGACAGCGUGGGCUCGGGGAUUUCUUUCCGAGGCUUCGCGCAACCGAUGGAUCAGCCGGCGGGCGACUAUCACAGCACGGUGGCCACCGUCGUCCACGGUUACCUCAACACUUCACUCUUUGGCUUCCCGGACCCCCGCCUCUUCCCCUACGCCUGCGUCCUGACCACGGAGGCACCCGGCCUGUUCUUCAACAGCGUGGCCAGCGUCUGUCCCGUCAACAUCUCGCUGGGCUUCAGGCGGAAACAAGCGCAAGAGGCGGGCGUCUAUAAAGUCUUUUCCCUGCAGCCGCUGACCAAAGCUCAGCUGAAGACGCUCUUCAGGUCCUACUACUCGGUGCAGGUGACGGAGUGGCAGGCGUACCCUCGCUACGGCAGCAGCCCCUCCCUGCCCCCCGUGGAACUGCAGCCCAACCUCUACUACCUCAAUGGCAUCGAGUGGGUCGGCAGCGCCAUGGAGAUGAGCUCGGUGGCGGCCAAGAACAUCGCUCUGCUGGCGUACCACCGCUGGAACCGACAAGCCGACAUGGUGGACCAGAAGGACCUCAUGCACAGCGUCAAGACUGAACUUUGACCUCCAGCAGGACACUUUGCAAAACUCCAUCAAGGAGGUACAGAAGUGAUAUUCCAGUAAUCCAAUACUCCAGUAAUCUAUUACUCCAGUAGUCCAUUACUUGAGUGGUUUAUUGCCCCAGUAAUCUCUUACUCCAGUAGUCUGAUACUCCAGUAAUCCAUUACUUGAGUGGUUUAUUGCCCCAGUAAUCUAUUACUCCAGUAGUCCAAUUACUUGAGUGGUUUAUUGCCUCAGUAAUCUAUUACUCCAGUAGUCAAAAACUCCAGUGAUCCAUUUUUCUACUGGUCCAUUACUCGAGUAGUUUAUUAUUUCAGUAUUCCAUUACACGAGUGGUCCAUUACUUCAGUAGUCUAGUAGUUUAUUAUUUCAGUAUUCCAUUACACGAGUGGUCCAUUACUUCAGUAGUCUAUUACUCUAGUAGUUUAUUAUUUCAGUAUUCCAUUACACGAGUGGUCCAUUACUUCAGUACUCUAGUAGUUUAUUAUUUCAGUAUUCCAUUACACGAGUGGUCCAUUACUUCAGUAGUCUAUUACUCUAGUAGUUUAUUAUUUCAGUAUUCCAUUACACAAGUGGUCCAUUACUUCAGUAGUCUAUUACUCUUAUAGAUUAUUAUUUCAGUAUUCCAUUACACGAGUGGUCCAUUACUUCAGUAGUCUAUUACUCUUGUAGAUUAUUAUUUCAGUAUUCCAUUACACGAGUGGUCCAUUACUUCAGUAGUCUAUUACUCUUGUAGAUUAUUAUUUCAGUAUUCCAUUACACGAGUGGUCCAUUACUUCAGUAGUCUAUUACUCUAGUAGUUUAUUAUUUCAGUAUUCCAUUACAUGAGUGGUCCAUUACUUCAGUAGUCUAUUACUCUAGUAGUUUAUUAUUUCAGUAUUCCAUUACAUGAGUGGUCCAUUACUUCAGUAGUCUAUUACUCUAGUAGUUUAUUAUUUCAGUAUUCCAUUACAUGAGUGGUCCAUUACUUCAGUAGUCUAUUACUCUAGUAGUUUAUUAUUUCAGUAUUCCAUUACAUGAGUGGUCCAUUACUUCAGUAGUCCGUUACUGCAGUGCUCCAGUAUGUCAAUAGUUCAUUACUCAAGUAAUCCAUUACUCCUUAAUGGUUCAUUACUCCAAAAUUACAUUACUAUAGUAGUCCAUUACUCCAGUGCUCUGUUAGUCUAUAACUUUAGUAUUCUAUUACUCCAGUGAUCCCCUGUACCAGUAGUUCAAUACUCCAGUAAUCCAUUACUAUAGUAGUCCAUUACGCCUGUCCUCACGUCCGCUUUUCAUCCAUACCAACAGCCAUACAAGUCACACUGAGGGUGGCCGCAUAAACAACUUUAACACUGUUAGAAAUAUGCGCCACACUGUGAAUCCACACCAAACAAGAAUGACCAACACAUUUCGGGAGAACAUCCGCACCGUAACACAACAUAAACACAACACAACAAAUACCCAGAAACCCCUUGCAGCACUAACUCUUCCGGGACGCUACAAUAUACACCCCCCCCCCUCGCUACCACCAAACCCCGCCCACCUGAGCCCCGACAUUAACGAUCUAGCAUCCCAGAAAAGAUGGCAGGUAUCUGGUUUGGGCACAUCAGAUUAGAUUAGAUUAGAUUAGAUUUAAAGUCCUGAAUGGUUGGUUUAUUCAUUGUUAUUUUAUUUUCAAAUGUAUUAGCCUGUGGAAAAAGUUAAUGUUGAUAUUUACCUCAGAAGGCUGCAAAUAGAAAAGAGGCAUUCCAUUUUUUUAUUAAAAUGUUAUUUAAUAGACCAUUGAUGUUUUUUCGUUUGUUUUUUGAAAGUUGAUUUUGCACUAUUAAGUUAUAUAAGCGUUGCUUGUUCCAUAUUCAGUGUUAAAGCAAAUCAGUGUAGCAAACUAACAGUGUUUCCCACACAUUCAUUUAUUUGUGGCGGCCCGCCACGAAAGAAUUACGUCCAACACAAAUUAAAAAAAUUAAAAAAAAAAAAUUUUUUAUUUUAUUUUUUUUUUUAUUGGUCCUGUCCAGCUUC